GAGCUGACAGUGGCUUGAAGGCCCUGCCGGAUCGUGCAAUGCUGUGUUCGUAGCACGCUCCAAUUUCCGGCUUUCAAGUGCGCAAAUACUCCUGAAUUGGCGACGUGCUAGGAGACAUACUAAAACAACGACCCGCCAGCCUGGGCUAACUUAUCGCAUGUCUUGAAGCCACUUAUCGCAUGCCUUGGAUUCUGGAUUGAGCAUCAAAUUUACGUUCUUUCAAUCAACUUCGGCUGAUCAUGGCUGCUCCUGGAGGACCACUUCCCCCGGAUUUCUUCGACCCAAUGCCAUUUGCAAACCAUAAGGGUGCUAUACUUGGAAUAUGUAUCCCGCUCAUGACGCUGUGUUGGCUGGCGGUAGCAGCUCGACUAUCCGUUCGGAUCUUCAUCACGAAGGCGCCAGGAUGGGAUGACUUGUUCGUCGUCUCCGCCGCGCUGGUGGUUUCAAUGGGCACCAUCGCGUUUUGCGUCUCGACGAGAUACGGGAUGGGCCAGCACAUCUAUCUCCUGCAGCCUCAGAAUAUCUCAAAAGUGGUGUUAUGCAACUAUUUAUUCGGCGCUGCGUAUAACUGCUCAACCGCCCUCAUCAAGAUAUCGCUUUUGCUCCAAUAUCUACGCGUGUUUGAGCGCGGGACAUGGACCUACAGAGCCACACAACUUUUGCUAGCUGUCAUCUCACUCUGGGGUUUCUCUUUCGGGUUCAUCGCAUGGUUUUCUUGUCUGCCCGAUCCUUCUGCUCUUUGGAAAGGGUCAAGAAAGGGCUGCUAUGGCGCUGCUUCAACAAAUAUGGACAUGGUAGUAAGAGUGAUUGUAGCUCAUGCCGGCCUUAACUUUGCGUUUGAUAUUCUCGUCUUAAUAUUGGCUUUCCGACUUUUAUUUUCGAAAGAAGUCCCGACGACGAAGAGGAGCAUGACGGUGUUGAUAUUCGUGGGAUCUGUCUCUUGCAUGUUUGCAGCAUGGCGCCUUGCAUCCAUUAUCCAAACCAAUGCAGGACGGUCAACCGAUCUCUCCUGGGGCCUGCCGGGACCGACAUUGCUCUCCAUUUGCGAGAUCGACAUCGCUGUAUUCGUUGCUUCCGUACCAUUCUUCUGGCCGAUUUUCAAAGAGCAAAUCACCCAGAUUUUUGUUAAGUAUGAGUUCAACGUCUCGACUGAGUCCCGUUUCCACCAGGGAGAUGACGACACGGUCGAGCUAUCUAGGAUGGAAGCUAGCCAGACGGGAAAGUCGGGAGGUAUCGAGGAUGUGAAAUCGGUGAAAUCUGAAGAUUACCAAAGAAUUCAAGAACGCCCAGACAACCAGAAAUUCCAGGAGAGCAACUAUAUGCGGGCUCAAGGGGACCCUUUUGCGGAGGACUUCCAAACAGAGACAAUCGUCCACACGGGCGGGACGGACAAAAACCACGGCGGAUUUGUCCGAUCCAAGAAUUGAAGACGACUUUUCUUUUGUGACAUGCAGCGAUUAGAGUGGAGACUUUGAAGAGCUGGGAAUUAGGCCAUGGGUGGCUCAUGAGUGACUCUAUCCGAUGGUUACAAUACUUUGUAGCUCAGAUGGAGGAAUGGCACAGCAGCAUCAGGCUCAAUAGCUAAGCUAAUCAUCAUCAAUAUUAAUUCGUCCGUACCGAUCGGAAAAAUGGCGC